CCAUAAAAAAGUCCCAGUAAGAAGCAGAAGGGCUGCAUUUCUGUAUUCCUUCCCCAGGCUCUUCGGAGUGUGUUUGCUGAGCUUUCUCUUCCCUGGUAGUUAAUUAUUUUCAAGCUUAAUACACCCCUUUUUAUCUACAAGAGAUCUCAGGGCACUCAUCACUAGCUCCUUGCCUCUGCUAGCUGAAGCUUCUGGUACUUAAGCAGUGUGCCCUCUUUUCCAUAAGCUCAAGGACCCAGGAGGGCUAGUUCCCUUCACAUCCAUUGUCACGCCUUUUGCUGGGCUGCCCUGCCGAAAAUCUCCAAAGGCAGUGGGUGCAUGCAGUCUUCCUGUGGGCCCCUCGCUUUGUUUUCCUCUUGCUAAUUUGUUCUUCCUGGAAAACUCAUUUGCUCAUCUUCCACUUACUCUCCCGUGCCGGGUCUUCCCUGGAGAUGUUUUGUGGAAGGCAAAUGAGCCAAGUCUGAAGAACCAUUUUGAGGCAGCAGCUGAAUUGGCUAGAAAAUGGCAGUUAACGUGUAUUCCACUUCAGUGACAAGUGAUAACUUGAGUCGACAUGACAUGCUUGCCUGGAUCAACGAGUCCUUACAGUUGAACCUGACAAAGAUAGAGCAGCUUUGCUCAGGUGCUGCUUAUUGCCAGUUCAUGGACAUGCUCUUCCCUGGUUCCGUAACACUCAAGAAAGUGAAAUUCCAGGCAAAAUUGGAACAUGAAUACAUUCAGAACUUCAAGGUGCUACAAGCAGGUUUUAAGCGAAUGGGUGUUGACAAAAUAAUUCCUGUGGACAAAUUAGUGAAAGGAAAAUUCCAGGAUAAUUUUGAAUUCGUUCAGUGGUUCAAAAAAUUCUUUGACGCAAACUACGACGGGAAAGACUACGACCCUGUGGCAGCGCGGCAGGGUCAGGAGACAGCGCCAGCUCCCGCUCUUGUUGUUCCGCUGCUGAAUAAGCCUAAGAAGAACCUUGGUUCUGGUGGCACAGCUCCGGUGAGGCCCAUGGUCGCACAGAGAACGGUGGCGAAUAAAACUGGGCCCGGCAUGGUUAAAAAGGCUCCCGCGGGGAUCGGGGAAGACGAGUCUGCUGAACUGAUCCAGCAGAUCAACGUAUUAAAGAUGACUGUCGAAGAUUUGGAAAAGGAAAGAGACUUCUACUUUGGGAAACUGAGAAACAUUGAGCUGAUUUGCCAGGAGAACGAAGGGGAAAGCGACCCGGUUCUGCAAAGGAUUGUGGAGAUCCUUUACGCAACGGAUGAAGGCUUUGUCAUACCAGAUGAAGGAGCACCACCGGAGGAGCAGGAGGAGUAUUAACGGUCCAUCAACUGUACCAGCAGAGCAGCAGCGUCAGAAUUCAGAAAUCAGAAUUCUUUGCCCCAAUCAUGUGCUUAUCUGUAAAAUACUCCAUUUUAUUCCUAGAGGACUCACUGGUUUCUUUUCCUAAGUAAAACAGUACCUCUUCAAGUGCA